AUGCCUUCUGCAUGGGACCACAAAUCCGACAAGGACCUCCUCCUGGCGAUUAUCGAGAAUGGCGUCCUUAAGGGUAUCGAAUGGCCUAAGAUUGCACAGAAGAUGACUGCCAAGGGCUACACGUUUACUCAUGAAGGCUGCCGCCAACACUUCCAAAAGAUCCGCAAGGAAGCCCGCAGCGACCCCUCCCCCAACCCAAACAGCCCCGUCGCAACUCCUAAAAAGCGCCCAGCCAGCUCUUCCAAGAAAGUUGCCACCCCCUCCAAGGGAAAAACUUUCAGCGACUCAUUUAAUAGCACUCCGACUAGCAAGGGAAAUAGCUUCUCCUUUGUGAAGGAAUUCGACGAGAGCGAGGACGAUGAAAUUGAUACCCCCCAACUUAAUCGCGUCAAGAAGAUGAAGCUGGAGAAUGAGAAUGGUCUCCAAAGCGCACCGCUGUUUAAGAUGGAGAAUUUGGAUGCGAAUGGUUACAAUGGCGCGAGGGGAAGCGGUGUUGUGAUUUUGGAUCGCGAUGACCUCUACGAUGAUGAAGGUUGA